AUGGAUGAGGCCGCUGUCCAACGGCUGUGCGAGGCUAUGACGCCAGAGGAACACCGAGAGAAGCAUAGAGAGCACUGUUAUGCAGAGUUACAACAAUGGUUUCUUCCAGCUGUGGAGUCAUUUCCGGAAAUCGAAGAGGGAGAGACGGAUUUUGAAGGGUGGAUGAAUUAUUCGAUCUUUACUCUAAUGCGGCUUUGGGAGUUGUUGGACGAUGGAAUGUACAUGGAAGAUGCCUCGCAUGAGGCCGAGGACGGGGUGUUUUGA